ACAGUCACUCGUUCAAAAAAUCAAAAAACAACAAUAAUUAAAAUUCAAAUCAAAAUAAGGACGAAAUAAAUAAAAUAUUUUAUGAAAAUAUCAUCCACUUGCUUGCGGUUCUACUGUACAAGUAGUUAUUCUGCAAUUUUGCUUCUUGGCUAACCAUAGAGAAGAGAGCUGGGUUCUGGUGGCUGUUCCAGGUUCGCUCACUAGCAGCAGUGAUGGCCACCAUAACCGACUCGUCGGACAUCCAAACUCCACUUUUAUAUGACACCGUAGAACCCGCCGUUGACUACAAAGGCCGUCCCGUCUUUAGAUCCCGUUCCGGUGGCUGGAGAUCUGCCUCUUUCAUAAUAGGCGUGGAGAUCGCAGAGAGAUUUGCGUAUUACGGAAUAGCUUCGAAUUUAAUUACGUAUUUGACUGGGUCGCUUGGUCAGUCGACGGCUACUGCGGCGGAGAACGUGAAUGCUUGGUCAGGAACUGCCUCCUUGCUGCCUUUGUUUGGUGCAUUUGUUGCUGAUUCUUUCCUUGGGAGAUACCGUACCAUUGUUGUUGCCUCUCUUAUUUAUAUCUUGGGACUUGGCUUGUUGACUCUAUCAGCUAUGCUUGCUUCUUCUCACAGUGCUUCUGAUUGCCCAAGCACCAACAUUAUCAAGUCUUGUUCUCCUAGUUCAUGUCAAGUAGUUUUAUUCUUCUUUUCUCUGUACUUGGUAGCACUUGGGCAAGGUGGACACAAACCUUGUGUUCAGGCCUUUGGGGCAGAUCAGUUUGAUGGGCAAGAUCCUGAGGAGUGCAAAUCCAAAAGCUCAUUUUUUAAUUGGUGGUAUUUUUGUAUGUGCGGAGGCACUUUAGUUUCACUACUGUUCUUAAACUACAUCCAGGACAACCUAAAUUGGGCUCUUGGAUUUGGAAUCCCAUGUAUUAUGAUGGUUGUUGCACUAUUCAUUUUCUUAGUUGGAACUAAGACAUAUAGGUAUAGUGUCAAAGUAGAAGAGAGAAGUGCAUUUCUGAGAAUCGGUCGGGUAUUUGUUGCAACAGUCAAGAAUUGGCAAACUUUGCCUUCUGCAAUAGAUUUAGAGGAAGAAGCUCGUGGAAUUCUACCGCAUCAUAGUUCAGAUCAAUUCAAGUUCCUAAACAAAGCACUGGUUGCACCAAAUGGCUCAAAGGAAGGUGGGAAGGUGUGUAGCCUCGGUGAAGUUGAAGAAGCUAAGGCAGUACUCAGGCUUGUUCCAAUAUGGUUUACAUGCCUGAUAUAUGCAGUGGUGUUUGCACAGUCCGCAACUUUCUUUACUAAGCAAGGAGUAACAAUGGAUAGAUCCAUUUCAAAGGGUUUUGAUGUACCACCAGCUUCACUUCAAUCCUUUAUCAGCCUUGCCAUUGUUCUUUUCGUUCCAAUCUAUGACCGUGUCUUUGUUCCCAUUGCGAGGACAUUAACAAGGAAACCUUCUGGCAUCACAAUGCUCCAAAGGAUUGGAACUGGGAUGUUUUUAUCUGCACUGUCUAUGGCAAUUGCUGCUCUAGUUGAAAUGAGGAGGCUUGAAAUCUCUCGAGAAUAUGGACUGGUCGAUAUGCCAAAUGUAACCGUUCCAAUGAGUGUUUGGUGGCUAAUUCCUCAGUAUGUCUUAUUUGGAGUUGCUGAUGUGUUUACGAUGGUCGGUCUGCAAGAAUUCUUCUAUGAUCAGGUUCCUAGUGAAUUAAGAAGCGUGGGUCUUUCUCUCUACCUCGGCAUCUUCGGUGUAGGAAGCUUUAUAAGCAGCUUUCUCGUUUCUGCUAUUGAGAAAGCCACUGGCGGUGAAGGUCAUGAUAGUUGGUUCUCUAAUAAUCUGAACCGUGCACAUCUUGAUUACUUCUACUGGCUACUUGCUGGUCUUAGCAUAGUACAAUUGAUUGCCUUCUUAUAUUUUGCAAAAAGAUAUGUAUAUAGCAGGUGAGGGCCAAUACAAAAUGAAUUGUUUCCUUGCUAUUUAUGCAUGUUAGAUGGUUAUGUUUGGUCGAUUAUGUGCAGCUGAAAAAGUUAUAUUUCAUGUAAUAGCAAAUGUACAACAAUUGUAUAAGCCACGGUAUGUCUGUUUUACUCAAGAUAGUUUGAUCUAGUGGUUGAAAGGCAUAAAUUCA